GCGGUGCCAUUCCGGGAGGCUGGGGGGGCUGCGCUGCUGCUGCUGAGCGGGCCGGCAGGGAGGAGCGCCGAGCAUGCGGGGGGCCGAGGACCCCCAGAUCGGGGACGAACCCGAACCUUCAGAAGACGACGAUGUGGUGCUGGAAGGUUUGGAGGACUUCUAUUCCGAGGAGCAGGUGAACAUCCAGAAGAAGAAGAAACCUAAGAAGCUUAAGGAGAACAAGGCUUCCAAAAUCAAGCGGAAGAAGGAGGGCUGCCUUGAGGACGAAAUCUCCGAAAAUGAGGAGGAGUUAGGAGAAAAAUCAGACAGCGAAGGCAGCAAUUAUUCUCCCAACAAGAAGAAGAAGAAGAAACUGAAAGAGAAGAAAGAGAAAAAAGCCAAAUGGAAAAAGAAAGACGAAGACGAGGAAGAGAAUGAAGAUGGAGGCUUAAAGGAGCCCAAGAGCUCGGCUCAGCUCAUGGAAGAGUGGGGCUUGGAUGAUGUGGACUAUGCUUUUUCCGAAGAAGACUACCACAUGCUGACAAACUACAAGGCUUUCAGCCAGUUUCUUAGGCCUUUAGUUGCUAAACAGAACCCCAAAAUCCCCAUGUCCAAGAUGAUGACCGUCCUGGGUGCCAAAUGGAGAGAGUUCAGUGCCAAUAACCCAUUCAAAGGCAGUUCGGCAGCAGCAGCGGCAGCUGCCAUAGCUGCAGCUGUGGAGACGGUGGCCGUGGCUGCUGCUGCGCCGCUUUCCACCAGUGCGGCACAACCGCUGAUGCCCCAGCCUGUCAUCAGGAAGGCCAAAACCAAGGAAGGCAAAGGUCCUGGCGUGAGGAAGAAAAUGAAGACCCCCAAAGACAGCAAGAAAAAGGGAAAAGGGAAGAAAGUGGCGAGCCUGAAAUUCCGCUUUGGGGGGCUCGCCAGCAAGAGGAAAAAAGGCUCUUCGAGUGAAGAAGAGGAACGAGAGGAGUCUGACUUGGACAGUGCUAGCAUCCACAGCUCGUCUCUGCCCUCCAAAUCCUCAGCUGGCUUGGGCAAGAAAGGCAAGCGGCGUAAGAAGAAAAAAAGACUGGAAGAUGGCGACGGUUAUGAGACGGACCACCAGGAUUACUGUGAAGUGUGCCAGCAGGGCGGGGAAAUAAUUUUGUGUGACACGUGUCCCCGUGCCUACCACCUUGUCUGUUUGGACCCGGAGCUGGAGAAGGCCCCCGAAGGAAAAUGGAGCUGUCCACACUGUGAGAAGGAAGGCAUCCAAUGGGAACCGAAAGAUGAAGAAGAGGAGGAAGAGGAGUCUGGCGAGGAGGAAGAUGACCACAUGGAAUUCUGCCGCGUCUGCAAAGAUGGAGGGGAGCUCCUUUGCUGCGACACCUGCCCGUCCUCUUACCACCUGCAUUGCUUGAACCCACCGCUGCCGGAAAUCCCCAACGGAGAAUGGCUCUGCCCUCGGUGCACAUGCCCACCGUUAAAAGGCAAAGUGCAGCGGAUUCUUCACUGGGUCUGGACGGAGCCCCCAGCCCCGCUCGCGUCUGCCUUACCCUCAGCCGACUCCGAGUUUGCGAUCCCUCCUCCGAUGCCUCUGGAAGGGAUCCCGGAGCGAGAGUUCUUCGUGAAGUGGGCCGGCCUCUCUUACUGGCACUGCUGCUGGGUCAAAGAGCUGCAGCUGGAGCUCUACCACACUGUGAUGUUCCGCAACUUCCAAAGAAAGAACGACAUGGACGAGCCGCCGGCUUUCGAUUACGGCUCCGGAGACGAGGACGGCAAGAGUGAGAAGAGAAAGAACAAAGAUCCCCUCUAUGCCCAGAUGGAGGAGAAGUUUUACCGCUACGGCAUCAAACCCGAGUGGAUGAUGAUUCACCGGGUUCUCAACCACAGUUUUGACAAGAAGGGAGACGUCCACUACCUGGUCAAGUGGAAAGAUCUCUCCUACGACCAGUGCACCUGGGAGAGCGGCGACAUGGAUAUCCCCGACUACGAACAUUUUGAGCAGCAGUAUUGGAAUCACAGAGAGAUGAUGUUGGGGGAGGAUACCAGCUGCCUCCUCAAAAGGCUGAACAAGAAAGAGAAGAAUCUGAACAAUGAUAAACUGGAAAGGCCACCGAAAACGCCUGUUGUGGAUCCUACAGUGAAAUUUGACAAGCAACCAUGGUAUAUUGAUACCACAGGUGGGACUCUGCACCCUUACCAGUUGGAGGGUCUCAACUGGUUGCGGUUUUCCUGGGCGCAAGGGAUGGACACGAUCCUUGCAGACGAGAUGGGCCUCGGCAAGACUGUCCAGACCAUUGUAUUCCUCUACUCUCUGUACAAAGAGGGCCACUCCAAAGGUCCUUACCUGGUCAGCGCUCCCCUCUCGACGAUCAUCAACUGGGAACGGGAGUUUGAGAUGUGGGCCCCCGAUUUCUACGUGGUCACGUACACGGGGGACAAGGAGAGCCGGUCUGUGAUCCGUGAAAAUGAGUUCUCUUUUGAGGACAAUGCCAUCCGGACUGGGAAGAAGGUUUUCCGGAUGAAAAAAGAAGCUCAAAUAAAAUUCCACGUCUUGCUCACAUCUUAUGAGCUCAUCACGAUCGAUCAAGCCGUUCUGGGAUCUAUUGAAUGGGCAUGCCUGGUGGUUGACGAAGCGCAUAGGUUGAAGAACAAUCAGUCCAAAUUCUUUAGGGUGCUCAAUAGCUACAAAAUUGACUACAAGCUGUUGCUCACUGGGACACCCCUGCAGAACAACCUCGAGGAACUCUUUCAUCUGCUCAACUUCCUCACUCCGGACAGAUUCAACAACUUGGAAGGGUUCCUGGAAGAGUUUGCUGAUAUCUCCAAGGAAGAUCAGAUUAAAAAACUGCAUGACCUUUUGGGCCCUCACAUGCUUCGGAGGCUGAAGGCCGACGUGUUCAAAAACAUGCCUGCCAAGACGGAGUUGAUCGUGAGGGUGGAACUCAGUCAGAUGCAGAAAAAGUACUACAAGCUAAUCCUGACGAAGAACUUUGAAGCCCUGAACUCCAAAGGGGGUGGCAGCCAGGUGUCGCUUCUCAACAUCAUGAUGGAUCUGAAGAAGUGUUGCAAUCACCCCUAUCUUUUCCCUGUGGCAGCCAUGGAAGCCCCAGUAUUACCAAACGGGUCCUAUGAUGGCAGCUCUCUGGUGAAGUCUUCAGGGAAGCUGAUGCUACUGCAGAAGAUGCUGAAAAAACUGCGGGAUGGAGGCCACCGGGUGCUCAUUUUCUCCCAGAUGACCAAAAUGCUGGACUUGCUGGAAGAUUUCUUAGAAUUUGAAGGUUACAAAUACGAGCGGAUCGACGGCGGGAUUACCGGAGGGUUGAGGCAGGAAGCCAUUGACAGAUUCAAUGCUCCUGGAGCUCAGCAGUUCUGUUUCCUGCUCUCUACCCGAGCUGGUGGUUUGGGCAUAAACCUUGCUACGGCCGACACGGUCAUAAUUUACGAUUCUGAUUGGAAUCCGCACAAUGACAUUCAGGCGUUCAGCAGAGCCCACCGGAUCGGGCAGAACAAGAAAGUGAUGAUCUACCGCUUUGUGACGAGGGCCUCAGUUGAGGAGCGGAUAACCCAGGUGGCCAAGAGGAAGAUGAUGUUGACGCAUCUGGUGGUGCGUCCAGGCCUCGGCUCCAAGUCUGGCUCCAUGACGAAACAAGAGCUGGACGAUAUCCUGAAGUUCGGAACAGAGGAGCUUUUCAAAGAUGAUGUUGAAGGUAUGAUAUCUCAGGGCCAGCGAAUCGGACUGCCUGGCGCAUCAUGACCUUAGGCUCCAAUACUCUAAAAUUAGGGGACAGUGACGCCUGGCAUGAAGAAGAAGCAUGGUGCCCCCCCACCGGGCGAAAACAAAGAUGUGGAGGACAUCAGCGUGAUCCAUUACGACGACGCGGCCAUCUCGAAGCUGUUGGACCCUUGUGGGAUGCUACACCGGCGAUCUGAUACGAACUUCCAGAGCAUGAAUGAGUAUCUCAUCUUUAAAGUGGCCCAGUAUGUUGUGAGAGAAGAGGACGGUGUGGAAGAAGUGGAGCGUGAAAUCAUCAAGCAAGAGGAAAACGUGGACCCUGAUUAUUGGGAGAAGCUGUUGAGGCACCAUUAUGAACAACAGCAGGAAGAUUUGGCUCGUAAUCUUGGGAAGGGCAAGAGAGUCCAUAAAGCAGGUCCCAACUACAAUGUAGCUGUCCCAAAGAGGGACCAGAAGUGGCAAGAUGAGCUCUCCGACAAUCAGUCGGAGUAUUCCAUCGGCUCUGAAGAUGAGGACGAAGACUUUGAGGAGAGGCCGGAAGGUCAGAGUGGCCGGAGGCAGUCCAGGAGACAGCUGAAAAGCGACCGGGACAAGCCACUCCCACCAUUGUUGGCAAGAGUUGGGGGGAACAUUGAGGUGCUGGGAUUCAACGCCCGACAGCGGAAAGCCUUCCUGAAUGCCAUUAUGCGCUGGGGCAUGCCCCCACAAGAUGCCUUCAACUCCCACUGGCUCGUGCGGGACCUCCGUGGGAAAAGCGAGAAGGAGUUCAGGGCUUAUGUGUCCCUGUUCAUGAGACAUUUGUGUGAACCUGGGGCCGACGGUGCUGAGACCUUUGCCGAUGGCGUCCCCCGGGAGGGGCUAUCUCGCCAGCACGUGCUGACGCGCAUCGGCGUGAUGUCCCUAGUAAGGAAGAAGGUUCAAGAGUUUGAACCCGUCAACGGGAAGUACAGCACUCCAGACAUGAUCCCAGAAGGACCAGAUGUCAAGAAAGGCAGUGAAGUUGUCUCUUCGGACCCAAACACUCCGGUCCCAGCCAGCCCAGCUAAUGGGCCAGUGGGACCCCCAUCGCAACCAGAAAAAGGGGACACACAUCUCGGGAUUCCUGAGGAGAAGGAACAAGUGGAAGAGAAGGUUAAAAAGCCCCGCGACGGUCAGGUGCCAGCUGGCGGAGAGAAGGCUGAGAAUGAGGAAAGGGAAGACAGUGCUGAGAGCCAAGCAAAAUCCGGAACGGAAAACACUGAAGAGGGAGAGAAAGCAGAACCUCAUUUGGAACAGCCCAGUAAAGCUCCCACAGAUGAGGCCGCUCAGGAGAAUGAAAAGCCUGCAGAAAAGCCCGAAUUAAAUGCCAGCCCUUGUAAAGGGAGCGGUAAAGAUCCCAAGCCAGAUGAUGCCAAAGCAGAAGAGAAGGGGUCAGCGGAGGCUCAGCAGAACGGGGAGAAGGAGGAUGAUGAAGAUGGGAAGAAGGACGACAAGAACGGGAUCCGGUUCAUGUUCAACAUUGCGGAUGGAGGCUUCACGGAGCUGCACACGCUGUGGCAGAACGAAGAAAGGGCUGCUGUUUCCUCGGGGAAGAUUUAUGACAUCUGGCACCGGAGGCAUGAUUACUGGCUCCUGGCAGGAAUCGUCACCCACGGCUACGCUCGCUGGCAAGACAUCCAGAAUGACCCCCAUUACGUCAUCCUCAACGAACCCUUCAAGUCGGAGAUCCAGAAGGGCAACUAUCUGGAGAUGAAGAACAAGUUCCUGGCUCGGCGAUUCAAGCUGCUGGAGCAGGCGUUGGUGAUCGAGGAACAGCUGCGCAGGGCCGCGUACCUCAACAUGACCCAAGAGCCCAACCACCCGGCCAUGGCCCUCAACGCCCGCCUGGCCGAAGUGGAGUGCCUUGCCGAGAGCCACCAGCAUCUCUCCAAAGAAUCCCUUGCCGGAAACAAACCUGCCAACGCCGUCCUUCAUAAAGUCCUAAACCAGCUGGAAGAGCUGCUGAGCGACAUGAAAGCCGAUGUGACCCGCUUACCUUCCAUGUUGUCCCGGAUCCCGCCUGUUGCUGCUCGCCUGCAGAUGUCCGAACGGAGCAUCCUGAGCCGCCUGACAAACCGCGGAAGUGACCCCGUGGUCCAGCAGGCCUCCUUUGGCUCCUCCCAGAUGUAUAGCAACAACUUUGGGCCAAACUUCCGAGGUCCAGGACCGGGUGGAAUUGUGAACUACAGCCAGAUGCCCCUGGGACCUUACGUGACAGCGACACCUAACGGGCCAACCCCGAGCUACCCCGACAAAAAGAUACCCGAGUCACUGAAAGAAGGCGGAGCCGUAGAAUGCAAAGGACGGCCUCAUGACGUCAUCUGCAUCGAAGACUAAGCGUUUGGCUCUGGGCUCGCCAUGUCCAUAUCCAAAAGUGUUCUUCAAAACAAGAAAAAGGACAACCCCCCCCCCCCCCCAAACACCCCCAUUUCAUGAACUUCUUUGAGAGGGGACAUCCCACUUCCUUGUGUCGCUCUUUUUUUUCCUUUUUGCACUUUCUUACGGAAGACUUGAAAAGUUUGUUGGCUGGGGUAGGACAGCUUUUAUCUUGCCGUUGUCCUCUGUUUCUGCUGACAUGUGGCCGGAUCGGAUGGGAGAGCGGAAGCGGGCGUCGGGAAGGUUGAAACAGACCUGAGCGGAUCCCGAAGCCGAGAGAAGCACCUUGCCCGUCUCCGUUCCGCCUGUGCUCGGAGAAGGUGCGUUUUCGCUCUUUGGGCGCAGGUGUGGGCCAGGGGGGGGGGGUAGGUUGAGUGAUGCUCUGGUGAGGGAGGGGGGCUUUGAGUAGGCUUGAUGUCGCCAUCUAGAUGUGCAUUCAGCUGCUAGCCCAAGUUGGGACACAGCCCUCAUCAACGGAUUCAGCUGAGAAGAAUAAAGCAGAAUCCAGGACUAGCCAGCCCAAGGUGACCGCUUUGAGCUUGCCUUGAUGUCACAGGAAGCAUCCACCAAUCAGUUUGAAUUUUAGCCUGCUGUUCUUCCCUGGAGGGGGGGCAUGUAUGACUCUCCCCUCGACUGUUUCUUGCCACAACAUCCCUGCAAGGUAGGGCAAGCUGAGAGGGAGCGUGGUGGGCUCAGGGUCCUCCAGAGUGAGCAGGGAUUUGAACCUGACCCUCCCCACCCCUUGUUUGCUCCGCUAACCGCUAUGCCACGCUGGCUCUCACGUGCUUAAUGUUCUCUCUUGUUGAAGUCAGUGUACUUCCAAAGUGCUUAACAGCAGCUGGAGACUUUAAGAGGGUCGGCUUUCCGCCUUGGGCAACGAGUGGUGCGCACACACUCCAGAUGUGCCGUCAUCCAGUCCAUCCCUUGACCUCUCUGCCCUGCAUUAUUGCAUGCCUUUGGCGGCUGCUGGCUGAAUGUCUGAAUCAAUCACAGGUGAGGCAAUACGGCUGUCCAUGUCACAGUGACAGCUGCCCAUGCCCUCAUGCCAGUUGUCUCUUGCUCUGCCAGAUCCUACAUGACGCACAGGGGUGCCUGAACCAGCCCUGGGGCCUCUCCAGGACUGUCAGUGCAACUCACCUGUACAUGCCAGGCUGUUGAGCCAGUGAAGUGAACCCACAAGAACGCAGGCAGAAAAUAUCGAACCAGAGUUGCCGAUUUUUGUGGCUUAUUCCCCCUCCCUCCUUCCCUGCCCCCUGAAAAAAUCACUGCUGCGCCAGAACUGAAUCUUAAAGGAUGCCCCCUCCUUGUGUUAGUUCUCAUUCCGUCCCACCUGCUUGAGCUGAGUUUGCUACUUCAAAGCACCUGUCUGUCCUUUUCCCCUGUGGCCAGCUGGAAGACACCUGGCUCUCCUACCGUCCCCCCUCCCCAGUGUGGUUUCUCCCCCUUGUAGUGCACAAAUUCAAGACAUUGUUUUAAAAUAACACUGGGCCGGCCAUCCCUCUUUUCUUGGGGGGGGGGGGGCAAGGUU